CUUCCGCCGUGCCCUGGACUUUCAUGCACGCUGCAAUUCGAUUUGUUCAAGGAUAUAAGAACGUGCUACCGAUUUUCGAACCAGCCGUUGUUCUUUCGGAGUACGACUUCGUGAUCGUCGGCGCUGGACCGGCCGGAUGUGUUCUCGCCAACAGGCUCUCCGAGGUUCCAGAAUGGAAAAUUCUGCUUAUAGAAGCUGGCCGCUACGAGACCCUCCUGUCUGACGUACCCCUGUUUGUCGCCUACUUCCAAUUCACCGACUACAAUUGGCAUUACUUGAUGGAACGUCAGGAGGGAGUUUGCGAAGCUAUGACCGAUGGUAGAUGUCAUUGGCCUCGAGGUCGCGGUGUAGGAGGCACCAGUAUAAUAAACUACAUGAUCUACACCCGGGGUAAUCGGCAAGACUUUCUUGACCUCGAAGCAGCCGGAAACUACGGCUGGGGUCCGAAUGAGACGCUCCACUAUUACAUGAAAAGUGAAAAUGCGAAACUCGCCGCUCAUCCUAAUUCACCGUAUCACAAUCGCAACGGCUAUCUCAACGUCGAAGAUGUUCCAUACAGAACCGAUAUGUCUGGGACUUUUCUCCGGGCGGCUGAAGAAGCGGGGCACAAGAUUCUCGACUAUAACGGCGAGGACCAACUCGGCUUUUCCUACGUACAAUCGACGCUAAGAAACGGAAGGAGGUGCAGCGCAGCCAAAGCGUUCCUCAGACCGGUAAUAGGGAGACCCAAUUUGCACGUAAUAGCGAACACCAGAGUAACGAAAAUCCUGAUACACGAAGGAACGAAAAUAGCCUACGGUGUUGAAUUCAUAAGGAAGAGGCAGCGGACCAGAGUUUUCACCAGGAAGGAAGUGAUCCUGUCGAGCGGCGCGUUCAAUUCUCCGCAACUCUUGAUGCUCUCCGGCGUGGGGCCAAAGGAACACCUUGAAGAAUUGGGGAUUCCGGUAAUCCAGAACCUUAGAGUGGGCAAAAAUCUUCAAGAUCACAUCUCUUACAUAGGUCUGACUUUCUUGGUAUCAAAUGUCGGCGAGAGUAUAAACCAAAGUAUGCUUUUCACGAAUCCGGAUUACAUCAUUCAGUGGUUGAACGGUGAAGGGCCUCUAACGAUGACCGGCGGUGUGGAGGCUAUCGGUUUUGUGAAGACAAAGUACAACGAUUUGCCCGGCAAUCAACCAGACAUGGAACUCAUCUAUUUACUCGGAUCUUUGGCAUCUGACGGGGGAGAGGUCUUACGUAAAACUAUCCACCUGGACGACGAUAAUUACAACGCAGUUUUUCGUGAGAUCGAUUUCGCAGAGUCUUUCACGAUAAUUCCAAUGCUCCUGCACCCGGAGAGCAAGGGCGAGCUAUUGCUGAAGAGUCGGGACCCUUUCGCGUGGCCAAAAUUCUACGGGAAUUACUACGCAGCGGAUAUAGACGUGAAAAGAAUGGUCGAAGGCAUCAAGGAGGGAAUCCGCAUAGCUUCGACGAAGGCCUUUUCCAUUCACAACCCUCGAAUACACACCGCCAAGUUCCCAAGAUGCCAACGAUACGAUUUCGGUACUGACGAGUACUGGGAAUGUGCUGUUCGUAUGAUUACUGCGACUCUCCAUCACCAGGUUGGCACCUGCAAAAUGGGACCAAAAUCCGAUCCAGAAGCCGUCGUCGAUCCCGAGCUCAGAGUUCACGGUAUCGAAUUUCUGAGGGUGGCGGACACUUCGAUUAUUCCAAAAUCAUGGAGCGCCCAUACGAACGCACCGUCUUUCAUGAUAGGAGAAAAGGCGGCCGACAUGAUCAAGAAGACUUGGAAGAGACUUUGAAUGACGAAAAAAGAAGGAAAAAAAUAUCUGCCACAGUGACACAUAGCCAUAUGGUAUUUCAAAAUUUCAACGAUCGAUGAUAUGGCAAUCUGGUAUGUCAUGGUCGUACCUCUUAAAUUAUGGUAUCGACUCAGCGUAGUUCAUCCACUCGUGGUAAAGGUUACUCAAUCAUGAAAUAGGCGAGUUUGUGUUCAAAAUAUAUAUUAUAAAUAUUAUAACGGCUGCAAGCGAGAACUCUUCUCACACCUGCAAGUUAUACGCUUGAGUUUUAUACUCGCUCGAAUCUUGCAUCAAUUUUCUCUGGUGUGCCAUAAAUUUACUUUUGGGAGACUGCGAUAAAGGAGAAAAAAGAGAUUACCAAACAUCUUGUUGAUAUUCCGAUGAAAUGCAGUCAGCGGUAAACAUAUUUUCCUUAUAGAUUUAAGCAAUUUUAACCGGUGCAGCAAUCUACUGAUUCGUAAGAAAUGUGUGUUGUGAAACGCUGGUGCCGUCCAAUGAAUAUUCGUGUACAAAGUGAUUAAAAAAAAAAUCAGAUGUGAACGACCUCAUUUGAAUGCACUGUACAUAGAAUAAUACAUCCGAACACAAACCGCGAUUUGCAUACAUUUCACAUUACACACUAUAAUAAUCGAACGACAGGACGAACCUCGUAGUACUCAUUGUAACAACGUGCGGUGAAAUAAAAAUCGUACGACAAAGUGCAUGAACUUAUUACACAAAUAUGACUGCAUCAAAAUGUCUGACAUUUUUUUUCACUUUCGUUUAUUGAUUUUGUCCUCUGCGAUUUGUCUCGCGCUGUUAAAUAAUAAUUCGACUGAUUUCGCUCUCUGUUUUCUUUCUCUGUCUCUCUGGAAAUACGAGAAGAAAUUUCGUAGAGAAAGUUUUCUUAGCGCGACGUAUACAAGGAUCGACGUAGGGUAUAUUAUUAUGGAUUCGGUCAGUCUUAUAUAACCACGAUACUCGCUAGCCCGAACGAUCGUACCUCCGAUGGGUAAACAUCUGCCAACAAGAGUUGAAAAAUUCCCAGGUGUGCACGGGUGAGAUGUUUCGUCGAUUGGAAGAAAAUAAAAUAGACGAACAAACAGAUUUCUUCGUGCGAUUCGAAGAGACGAUGUUUGAAUUUGUGCCGCCAGCACGACUUGCCUUUGGAACGUCAUCGAAAUUAGGAAUGGAUGUGACGCGUGAAACUACGAAAUUCCGAGCGCAGCAAUUUCAAUUUCUAUUCUAUAGUUUGAAGCGACAGCUCCCCCGACGAUCAACAACCGAUAUACCCUAAUAACCGUUAUAACACACUUAGCGUACGGUCCGGCAACUCAUUUGAAAUUAAUUACACAACGUGUGUACCCGGAGGAGAGAGGCGUGUAAAAUUUUUUCGGUUAUUUUUCAGCCAUCCCCCCCCUUCUUCCGUUUCCUAAAAUUUCAACCAGCGUACAGUGCGUUCAAUUUUCUUUCGACUGUUCUCAACAGCUUGCGGUCACCUUCGAUAUUCGCAAGUUUUUGCAGCUUCGUAGCUCCGGUCGAUGAAUAACGUGAAAAUUUCCACUGACGCGAAACGCUGCAUCGAUGCCCCCGACGACUGUCAAUUUCGAAUACUCGGUUGGAGGUUUUUUGCAGCGAUCGACCCGACAAACGGUUCAAACCUCGUGGGAAGGGAUGACCAGGUGGAAGCGAUAAGGUGGUGGCAGGUUACAUAUACCAUUCCAUAGACGGCAUAUAGGCAUAUUACGCGGACACUCCGAGAAAGCGCAUUUCACUACUGGACGCCGUCCUUUGCUGACGAGGCAAAGGAACGCGGGGCGGUUGCCGAAUUUACACGCGAUUAUAAUUGCGGAAUCUCCGUAACCCACGCGCUGUUAGGCCGAUUACCGAAAUCGGAAGCGGAGCCGAUGGCAUUUCGAACCCCCGUCACACUCGCUGUCGUCAAAUUCGCAUUCUAAUUUUCCCUUCGCCCACGUUCCACCCCGAUGCACUCGAUCUGACGGAGUGUCGAUGAUAUACCGAAGGUCGCCUCAGUGAGGGAGCGGAUGAGGGCUUCCAAUUCGAACUGAUCGUCGAGCAAAAAAUACAG